CGAUGACACGAUGUGGCCAGGCUGUUUACCCUGACUUAGUACAGCGUUCACUGUAGAUCUAGUGAUCGUUGUGAUACACCUCCAAGUUCAACUGGAAACAGGUUAGGUCCAAAAUUCGCAAAACAAGGCGAACACGAAGCCGUUGAUUUCUCCCUGUGCAGGUUCAACUGAACCUUACUGUCUUGUCGUUUCCAAUACGUUAGAGCCCGCUCAAUCCAAGUCCAGGACUAGCGCAAGUUCACGGCUUUAGUUCUAGCGCAAGGCGUCCAUUGCGUCCGCCCAUUUCAAGUGCAAAGUUCAGUUCAGCCAUCUCUAAGCCCUGUGCGCUCCGGUGGAUCCUGCAGUUUCAUUGACAUCGAGCAGGCGAGGAGGAGGAAUGUCAAAACACUAGGAAGACACAGACCAGGAAAGCGGACCUACGUCUGGGCGCAGGUCAGGACACCGCCAGAAGCUGCGGCUUCGGAGAAGUCCAGUGCGUGCGUGGCAAGGCAAUCGAAAGCAGCGGCCUGUGGCCUGAUACGUCUUGUAGUGCAGAGAGGGAGUAAGAGAAAACGCCAAUAUGAAAUUGGCCAUAACGUGUAUGCUAAUAGGAGCGUGCUGGGUCACCUCGACACUGGCUCAGGAUGGUGUAGAAAUCCUGGACACUGUGGCACCGCCGAGUCCUGGAGAUCUGUUCAAGGGUGAUAAGGGAGAUCGAGGAGAAUCACCUGCGGGACCCAAGGGCUUCCGCGGCGAGGAAGGAGGACCAGGCGAGAAGGGAAUGAAAGGAGACAGUGGAUUGCAGGGAGACAAAGGUGUGAAAGGUGUUAGUGGCCUGGCUGGUAGCAAGGGCGGCAAAGGUGAUCAAGGCCCGAGCGGAAUGACUGGUGAAUUCGGACGACCCGGCGCUGACGGUGCAAAGGGCAUAGCGGGAGUUCCCGGACCACCUGGUGGUGCUGGCGCCAAGGGUGUGGACGGGGAACCUGGCCUUGCCGGGUCAGCCGGACCCAAGGGCCUGAAGGGCGUACCCGGCCUACCUGGAGUCGACGGCCUAGAAGGAGAAGUCGGAGUACCUGGCUUGGCUGGACUAACGGGCGCAAAGGGACCCACGGGUGUCGACGGUGGCAAGGGAGAAACAGGACGGAAGGGAAUCAAAGGAAAUGAUGGCUCACCUGGUCCUGAUGGCCUCAAAGGAGUCCAGGGUGAUCAAGGGGAGGAAGGACCAAAUGGAGAGCCAGGCCCGAAGGGACCACAGGGCAUUGGAAUUUCUGGGCCCAAGGGCCAGAAAGGUCAGCCCGGUGCACCAGCACGACCAUGUGUCACCGGUCAGAAGGGAAAUGCCGGCGAGAAAGGAGAACGAGGACCACUAGGACCGCUCGUAGCCGGUGGACGUGGUGAGAAAGGCUUCAAGGGAGCGCAAGGCCCGGAUGGUUUUCCCGGAGUGGACGGACUCAAAGGCUUGCCUGGUGACGCUGGGCUGCAAGGAAUCGACGGAAGACUAUGUUUGGCCUGCCAGGAUGGUGCUGACGGACAGAAAGGCGAGCGUGGUGUGAAAGGCGAUGCUGGCGACGAAGGCUUGAGAGGAGACACCGGUGAUGCCGGUGCAGAUGGGCAAGCAGGAGCGAAGGGCGGCCAGGGAGUAAAGGGAGGCAAGGGUUUGAAGGGUCAGCCGGGACCUCAAGGUGACACAGGUGAGGAAGGCCUGUCUGGUGAAGCUGGUAUCCUGACAAUUGACUACAUCAUAGGCGAGACAGGCUCGAUUGGAGAGCGAGGUUCAAAGGGAGAGCGAGGACUUCAAGGAAUAGAGGGCCGACAAGGAGAGAACGGUAUUGAUGGAGUGGCCGGGCAAGCUGGUGAGAGAGGAUUCCAGGGUGACGUUGGUGAAGAAGGCCUCUCCGGACCUAACGCUGCAAAAGGAUUCAAAGGAGUAAAAGGUGGGAAAGGAGAUGCAACGACCAGCGAGAAGGGUGACAAAGGAGAGCCAGGCUUCACUGGUCUGCAGGGACGUGUUGGUGUGGCCGGUCGUAAUGGAAGAAGAGGAGACCAAGGAGACCAGGGAGAGCAAGGACUUCAAGGGGCAAUCGGUGCACAAGGUGUUACCGGCCCGCUCGGUCGCAAGGGUGUACAGGGUGACCAGGGCGAGGAGGGAUUGCCCGGACCACCGGGCCCCAAUGGUGACAUUGGAAUACAGGGAUUGGCAGGACUUGACGGCUUCGCGGGAGUGAUUGGGGAGGACGGUGAGCUUGGACAACCAGGACCAAAGGGUUCCAAGGGAGAGCAAGGUCCACCAGGAAUGAAGGGAGUCUUCGGCAUCAAAGGAGAUCGAGGAGCAGAUGGAAUUUCUGGUCAACGAGGCUUGAAGGGAGAAGCUGGAGAAGAAGGACAGAAGGGAGAGCGUGGUCUACAAGGCGUAGAAGGCAGCAAGGGAGCAAAGGGCUUGGAAGGCUUCGCCGGAGCGCCAGGUCUUGACGGCAUUCAAGGAGAUAAGGGCAACCGUGGAUUCCUGGGACUGGGCGGCAGGACCGGGGACCGUGGUCUCCGCGGCCCCAAGGGCGUGAAGGGUCUGCAAGGCCCAGACGGACAGAAGGGCAAUGCCGGAUUCAGAGGAUUCAAGGGUGACCAAGGCGAGGAAGGUUUGAAUGGACCAGAGGGCCCGGUAGGUGCCACUGGCUUCCGCGGCUUCAGAGGAGAGCAAGGUCCAGACGGAAUCAUCGGCCCAUCCGGUCCACAGGGUAUUCAGGGAGUCAAGGGCGACACCGGUGAAGAGGGAAUCAACGGCCCGGACGGAAACAAGGGUGACAAAGGUGAACCCGGACGAAAGGGAACUGUUGGAGCGAAGGGCAACACCGGGGCAGUUGGUAUCAAGGGCUUGCUAGGCUUUGACGGCGUCCAGGGUACCAAGGGAGAUAAGGGCAGCAUCGGCGUCACAGGCGAAACUGGUGAGCAAGGAUCACGUGGACAGAAAGGACUGCGCGGUCUCAAGGGCAUCCAAGGAGACCAGGGCGAUGCGGGCAUCGUCGGUAUCCGCGGCUCCAAGGGAGUCCAAGGAAGCAAGGGCGGGUCCGGUGACAAAGGAAACGCUGGUCUGCCAGGCAGAGCUGGACUUGAUGGCCUCAAAGGAAGCAAAGGAGAGACUGGCAACAUCGGACUUGCAGGAGCUCAAGGUGCAAAGGGUGCAGCUGGCACUCCAGGCGUAGAGGGAGGCAAAGGAAGCAAGGGAGACGUCGGUGUGAGAGGCCAGAAAGGAGUGCGAGGUCUCGAAGGCAAUGCUGGAGACAUUGGCCCAGAGGGUCGCCAGGGCAUCAAGGGAAGUCAAGGAGAGCCGGGCUCACAAGGCGAUGUGGGUCCGAAGGGAUUUGUCGGCCUGACCGGUGACAAGGGCGACCAAGGACAGAAAGGAGAAGUUGGCGAGCAAGGAGUUCAAGGCAAUGUCGGAUCAAAGGGAGAGAUUGGAGCCACAGGUGACCUUGGCACACAAGGCGAGAUUGGCAUCCAGGGACCGCAGGGCAUCAAAGGAGAGAAGGGUGAACAGGGCGCAAAGGGUGGCAAAGGAGAGCAAGGUUUUGUGGGACCUAAGGGAGACCUCGGAGAUCAAGGUGACCCAGGCGCGAUUGGAUCUGAUGGUGCUAAGGGCUUCAAGGGAGAUGUCGGCUUCCUGGGACAGAAAGGAGAGAAGGGAGACAAGGGAAGCCAAGGCUCACCAGGAGCAAUAGGACAAACCGGAUCGAAGGGAUUCACCGGUCUCGACGGUAACAAGGGCGAAGUCGGCGAGCAGGGAGAGGAUGGAGAGAAGGGUGAAAAGGGAAUCAUUGGCCUGCCAGGUCCACAAGGAACAACCGGAGAAGAAGGUGGCAAGGGAGACAAAGGAGACUUUGGCCGACCAGGGCCAGGAGGAGACAAAGGCGAGCCUGGAUUCCCAGGAUUUCCAGGUGUUGAAGGCUUCCCAGGUGACAGAGGCGACAAAGGAGUAUUCGGAGAGCCUGGCGACAUUGGUGACAAAGGAUCCAUUGGCUUCUUGGGUGAGGCCGGACAGAAGGGAGACAAGGGAGGUGUUGGCGACAAGGGCAAUGGAGCCAACGAUGGAAUUCAGGGAGACUUUGGUGAGAAGGGAUUCAAAGGAGGCAAAGGUGACCAAGGUCCAAAGGGAGAUGUUGGAAACAAAGGAUUCCAAGGCGACAAGGGCUUCUUUGGCCAGAAGGGUGAUAUCGGCAUCCGGGGACCAAAAGGAAACAAGGGAGAAGAAGGACUGGAAGGCCAGAAGGGUGACCGUGGCAGAAUAGGAUUCACUGGAGCAACAGGUGCCAAAGGUGACCAGGGUAUUGAGGGUUUCUCUGGCGGAUUCGGUUUGAGCGGAGCCAAGGGGGACACCGGUGAUGAAGGCUUCCCAGGUCCGAAGGGUGACCAGGGUGGACCAGGCUUCCCAGGAGAUGUGGGCCCACCUGGUCAGACCGGAGACAAGGGUUUCCAGGGAGACCAGGGCUCGGAGGGAGAGCGUGGCAUCAAGGGACUCAGCGGCUCACUGUUUGCCGGCUGGUUGGUCGUACGUCACUCGCAGACACGUUUCGAGGCUGUGUGCCCGAACGGCUGGCGACAGAUGUACGCCGGCUACAGCUACUUGCAAACUCACGGCGGUGGCAAUGGAAUUGGCCAGGACCUUGGCAAGCCAGGCUCUUGUCUCAGAAAAUUCAAUAUGGCACCGUUUGUCCAGUGCACGAAUAACAACGAGCGUUGCUUCACAUCGCCGCAUGGUGAUCUGAGCUACUGGUUGGCCACACAGACCACUUUCGGAGACCAGCCGACAUCGGGCCAGAACGUGGACUCCAUGGUCAGCCGGUGUGUGGUGUGCGAGGCGCCUGGCCGUAUGCUGGCCGUGCACAGUCAAGAUAGCUUGAUUCCUGACUGCCCGAACAACUAUGACAGCGUCUGGACCGGCUAUAGCUUCUUAUCACAAACCGUCCACGGUGCGCAGGGAGGUGUCCAGUCUCUAUCCUCAUCCGGAUCCUGCCUGGAGGAGCUGCGCACCAAUCCGGUCGUUGAAUGUGACGUGCACGGCACAUGCAUGCACCACGAGAAGACGCUCAACUUCUGGCUGAGAACCAUCGAAGAGACGGCACAGUUCCAGGCUCCAGAGCCUCAGAAGCUGCAGAACAACGACAUUCGUGAGAACGUCAGCCGAUGCCGUGUGUGCCAGAAGAAGCCCUCUCUGUGAGCAGUCCGGGCCUAGGGUGAUGGUGAGCUGAGAAGCUCAUCAUCCCAAUUUCACUUCAAUGAUGAAUCAUCCACCAUUGCUCUAGAUAACACUACAAGUCUUCAGUGCACGGGCAUGUCGAUCGGAGAGCAGUGAUGCCACAGUGGUGGCUGGCGGGUGUGCCAUUGCAGUCACUUUCCAGGGUUGUAGGUAAAGCAGGUGUAUGCCUGGACCGGGAAUGUGGCUGCCAUCGGCACAUAACUUGAUCCCAAGGCUCCAUUGGCAAGCUCACGACAUGCUCGCGCACACUCACGGACACAACACUUGCACUGCCCUCUACACACUUGCACGCACACACGGCCACACAUACACACACACACAAACACAUACACACACGAGCGCACACACACGCACACACACACACACACAUCUACACGCUAUAUUAACACCUUCCAAACUCGUGAACAACAACCCAUUUGCACACAUAGAGGAGAAGAAUUACGCAUCAACUAGAGAAUCCAGACGAGUCUCACGCCAACCGUGAAAUGUUUUAGAGUGUACUUUAUUUCGCGAAAUUCUGUGUAUCUAGAUAUUAAAGUAGUCGAAAGUUGUCAAAAUACAUUUGUAUUGUCAAAACUCAUCUUACAUCAUACUUGUACAAAUCUCCAAAAUUAAACUCUUGCAUUCAUCUGUCACUCUGGCAUAUAAUAUCAACUAAAUAAUCCGGACCUGAUAUGGUCGUGUGUGCACACGACGGCAUAGCAUGUACACUGCUCUCUGUACCUCGUCGCUCACCAUGCUUGGACAUGAGAUGGCCACAUUGCACCUUCUGUACAUCACUCUCCAUGCUGAUAUUGCAUUGGUGCAUAGAGUCUGUAUGGCACAUCUUCAACAACUAACUUUCGCUGUGUUUGGUCGCUUGUGUUUGCUGUAAUCACCUAGAGAUCCCUAGUAUUCUUGCUGCUGGUUGAAAUUAUUCUCAAUAAGUAGAACGUCAGUACCUUGUA